GCGGAGCGGAACGCAGCACCACCCUCCCGCAGGCGCCGCUGCCACCUCCUCCUCCUCUUCCUCCUCCUCUCCCGACAUGGCGGCCCCGGCGGAGCUCAGCGGCCUUACCGACGAGGCGGCCUACGGCGCCUGCUCGGAGCCGGAUGCCAGCACGAAGGAUUUUUUGUUGCAGCAGACAAUGUUAAGAGUAAAGGAUCCUAAGAAGUCACUGGAUUUUUAUACAAGAGUUCUUGGAAUGACCCUGCUUCAAAAAUUUGACUUUCCUACUAUGAAGUUCUCGCUCUAUUUCCUGGCGUAUGAAGAUAAAAAUGAUAUCCCGAAAGAUAAAACUGAGAGAACAGCUUGGACAUUCUCUAGAAAAGCUACACUUGAACUGACACACAACUGGGGCACUGAAUAUGAUGAAAAUCAGUCUUAUCACAAUGGCAAUUCAGAUCCCCGAGGAUUCGGGCACAUUGGAAUUGCUGUCCCUGACGUCAAUAAAGCUUGUAAGAGGUUUGAAGAAUUAGGAGUGAAAUUUGUGAAGAAACCAGAUGAUGGUAAAAUGAAAGGACUUGCCUUUGUUCAGGAUCCGGAUGGCUACUGGAUUGAAAUUUUGAAUCCUAAACACAUGGUGACUCUCACUUAGUUCUAAUAAAGUAUAUUGUAUAAGAGAUACACACUCUCAGCCCCCUGGAGAAAAUUUGUAACAGUGUUUGUGAAACUCUCAUGUAAUGGAGAGGAAUCAGUCAUGUUCACACUCUCCUCUAAAGCUAUCUCCUGGGACCUCACUGUACUUAAAUUCCUUUUUUCUUGCCCUAUGAUGCCACUGCAAUUAGUUUCCGAUUAGGAAUACUCAACCAUUUUUUUGGAAGAGCGCUUACACAGAUUCUCCUCUUGAACACUGAUUAUGUUAAUAUUUCAAUAAACACUAUCACAACAUAUGUGACCAGAAAUUCACUGGAUUUCAUGCUGUUUAGAUGUAAACUAACAAGAAAAAUUCCUGUAUUACUACUGAUGAGCUUCAACAGGGAGGGGAAAAAAAAGCCCUUCAGAAUAUUCUUUUUUUUUUUUUUAAUAAGUCAAAAGAUCCUGAAGGCUUCAUGCAGUGUUUGUAGACUAGAAAAUAAAAUGUCAGGCUCACUUUGACUUGAGUAGUAGCAUGUUUAUGAAAGUCCUAAUCUACUUAGUAUUAUACCAGGCAAAACUCUUUUAAGGGGCAGCCUUAAACAGCCUUGCCUGGAACAAGAAACUUUGUGGAGGCAAUAAAUCAUCCAGCAGAAAGAAUUCAGUCUUUCAGCUUCUGGCUGCAGAUUGAGAGCCAGGAUAAGAAGUCUCAUAGUUGCUAACUUGCAAUGAUCCUUCUCAUGUCUUCCAAUAAUAAUUUCUGCUUCAAUGAAUGUCUGGAGCUAUAUUUAACUAAAAUGCUCUGUACAUUCUGCAUUAGGAAAUGAAUCAGAAAGAGUAUUUUAAACAACAGUUUCCUACUAGCAGAUGUUUUGAUCUACCUUCUCAAAAUAAGUGAUGGUUACUGAAAUGGUACCUCUAGACAGCAGGAAAACGUAACAUGUAUUAUGUUACACAGAGUAUUUCACUUUACACUGUUUUCCGUUAGACAGUGGUAAACCAUUACAAGCUUUGAAAUCCUGUUGGUCGUUCCAAGAAAGAAAAAACCCCUCUGUCCCAUCUUACUUUGGUUUGAGUAGCACUUAGCUCCUGCUAAGUCUUCGUUUAUGUGACCUGAAUAGUGUAACGGCAUUGCAGUUUACUUCCAAAUAAAGCAUUGGUGAAAACUACAAAAUAAUUCUAAAGCAGUAUGACUUGUUGCUUUGCUAGUUGUUGAAUCCUAGAUAACUGAAAGGCCAUUGGUUUUGGUUUGUGGGUUCUUUUUUGAGAAGAAAUCUGGGGAUAAGAGUAUGAAUUGGGAGUACAGUAGUGAAGAUAACUGUGUGACUUGAUCAGCAGGAUGUUUUAGUAACUUAACGAUAAUGUGCGGAGAUAAUAAUAACUGUCAACGAUAAUGUGCGGAGUUAAUAAUAACUUUCAACUUAACGAUAAUGUCUGGAGUUAAUAACUUCCUGGCCUAUAGGUUAAAACAGAAAUGUAGAAAAUACUGCAUUUGAUUUCUACUAUGCUAAUGUAGAUUUUAAUUACUUAAAUGCCAAGUGUUGCUGUCCUGUCACCUUAUCUGAAAAAUCCUUAAUUCUGCCUGCCUCAUUUUAACAAGUUAUUUUAUAUGGACUCAUUAAUUUUACAGUUCCACAUGAAAAAAUAUUUCAUAAAACUUAAUCCAAGAUAAUUUUGUUUACUCUUGGAAAUGAGUAAAAUAGAUUAUAUGCUUCAUCUGAGCCUUAGGUGUUAGAAAAAGCAAUGCGAAAACUAUUGCUCUGCUUAAUACCACCUACGGAUGUGCAAGCAAUCAUAAAUUCAUUGGAAGGUAGACAUAGUAACUCAAAAGAUAGUCUUUUUUCAGUUUCCUGUUUGUUAGGGAAGCAACCCCGAUAUUUCAAAUUGUCAUUUGUAUGAUAUUUUCUGGCUGGUCUCUACAGUAUCUACAGAUACUGUGUUUUAGGUGGUGCCUUGUCAGUGUUAUUCAUAUAGAAUAGAUUCUUUCCCUUCUUGAAUAUUUUCCAGGUUGCCUUUUUUCUACAACAAAUAAACACUGUUGGUUCAUG